UUUUAGGUAAUACUUGUUAUAUGAAUGCCACUUUACAAUGUCUUAAAAGUGUACCCGAAUUACGUGAUGCUGUUAAACAAUUUCUUCCUGCUAAUCUUAGUCAUUCCGGUCAAAGUAAUCUGAUGAUUGAUGGAACACAAAUGGUAACAAAUGCAUUAAAAACAACUUAUCAACAAUUAGAUGUAACAAGUGAAGCAUUUAUGCCAUUGACAUUUCUUGCAACAAUUCACCGUGAAUUUCCACGUUUUGCUGAAAAAGAUGAUCAUGGACAUUUAAUGCAACAAGAUGCAAAUGAAUUUUGGGUACAACUUAUGCAAAUACUUCAAAUGAAUAUACCUGGAAAAAAAAUCAGUAAUGAAACAACAUCAAUGUCUAAUAUUGAUAAAAGUCUUAUUGAUCAAUAUUUUGGAAUAAGUGCACAAGCAAUAAUGAAAUGUACUGAAGCACCAGAAGAAACACCAACAGUAUCAGAAGAACGUUUACUUCAAAUGAGUUGUUUCAUUAAUCAAGAUGUCAAGUAUUUAGUUACCGGCUUAAAAAAUAGAUUGGAAGAGCAUAUAACAAAACAUUCAUCGACACUUAAUCGUGAUGCUGUUUUUACUAAAACUACUCAACUUUCACGUUUACCUGCUUAUUUGACAAUUCAAUUUGUACGAUUUUUUUAUAAAGAAAAAGAAAAAAUAAAUGCAAAAAUUCUUAAAGAUGUUCAAUAUUCAAUGGUACUUGAUAUUUUUGAUUUAUGUACACCGGAAUUACAAAAACGUCUUUUACCAAUUCGUGAAAAAAUAAAAAAAGCUGAAGACGCAAAACUUGAUCGUGAACGAGCUAAAAAACUUGGUGAAACAGUUGUUGAACCAAAAAAUUUAAGUAAAUUACCAACAUCAUUUCCCGAUGAUGCUGGUUCAAAUAAUAGUGGUUUUUAUCAAUUAAAUGCUGUUCUUACACAUAAAGGUCGAUCGAGUUCAAGUGGACAUUAUGUUGCAUGGGUUCGUCGUAAUCAAACUGAAUGGCUUAUGUUUGAUGAUGAAAAUGUGACACCAGUAACUGAAGAAGAUGUAUUGAAGUUAUCAGGUGGUGGUGAUUGGCAUACAGCUUAUUUACUUAUUUAUGGUCCAAGAACAAUUGAAUAUGAAGAAAAAGCCGAUGAAGGUGCAAGUGGUGAAUCAAAUGUUAGUGCUAUGGAUACAACAACAUCAGCAAACGGAGCAAGGACUUAA